AUGCCACCAGUAAGCAAAGCUGAUAAGAAGGCUACAGUUGAUGCAGCUGCAUGGAUGUUCAACGUAGUCACUUCUGUUGGGAUCAUAAUCGUGAACAAGGCCUUAAUGGCUACUUAUGGCUUCAGCUUUGGAGUAGUAGUAAAGCAAGUUAAAACUGUUACCAAAAUACGAUAUUCGAGAGAUACUAAGCUUAGCAUCUUAGUCGUACUCCUUGGUGUUGCUGUCUGCACAGUUACUGAUGUGAGUGUUAAUGCCAAGGGAUUCAUUGCUGCAUUUAUUGCAGUUUGGAGUACGGCACUGCAACAGUAUUAUGUUCAUUUUCUUCAGAGAAAGUAUUCUCUUACGUCAUUUAAUCUACUGGGUCACACUGCACCAGCCCAAGCUGCAUCACUAUUGUUGUUAGGCCCUUUUCUUGAUUAUUGGUUGACGAACAAGAGAAUCGACGCCUUUGCCUUCCAUCUGCCAUCCAUGGUGUUCUUGAUCCUAUCAUGCACUAUUGCAGUGGGUACGAAUCUCAGCCAGUUCAUCUGCAUCGGCAGAUUCACUGCUGUCUCAUUUCAAGUGCUCGGCCAUAUGAAAACUAUCCUUGUAUUGAUCCUCGGUUUCUUAUUUUUCGGGAAAGAGGGCCUUAACGUACAAGUAGUUAUAGGCAUGAUCAUUGCCGUCAUUGGUAUGAUUUGGUAUGGCAAUGCCUCAUCGAAACCUGGAGGCAAAGAAAGACGUAGUUAUUCAAUCCCCAGAAGCAGUCAGCAAAAGCAUGGAGGAUUAACAGAAUCUUCUGAAGUCGAUGAAAAGGUAUAAUAAGCUUUUCUAAUGUUGGUGGAAAAGAUUUUCUUCUUAGCAUACGAAUGGAAUAGCUGAUACGGAUUCUUUUCAUGAUCUGACUAUAGUAAACUGCGAUUCCUUGGAUUAAUUAUCUAGUGAGGCGUAUGAAUUUUGUAAUUUUAAAACAUAUAUAUGCAUUUUUCAAAUCUGUUCUCUGACUUUACUUGACGUCGAUGGAUACUUUGGUAGAAGGGUUCUCAAAGCACACCUGAUUUAAUAUUAGGUUUUGGCCCUUUGAUCAUAAUUUACCUGGACGAAAAUCAUGUAUUGUGCUCAAUUUGUAGUAUUGAGUUAUAUUGUCACUUCACAAUUUUUUUUCAUGUUGAGAUCGUUGUGUAUUUUUUAUUUUUUAUUU